CUUCAGGAAAGAGGAUGACAGUUGGAGCACUUCCCUUCCAAGAAAGGAACCCAAACAAACUGUCAUCUGCACUCUUCCUAGGCCAUUAACAAUCACAAAAAAUUCCAAUUUUCUCUCAAAAAUUCCUUGUAAAAAAUGGAUAUCAAGAUUUUCUUGAUUUCAUUCAUUCUAACAUCACUUAUUUUCUCCCUCGUUUACAUGCCCACAAAAUUAACACAGCCCAUCACCAUCUUCAGACAAAGCAAAACCUUAAUAAUACCAAAAAACAGCACCCCAUAUCCAGUCACUUUUGCUUACUUGAUCUCAGCAUCCAGUGGAGAUACUAUGAAGCUAAAACGCCUAAUGCUUGCACUCUACCAUCCUGGGAAUUUUUACCUGAUUCAUUUGGACAAUGGUGCCCCUCAGGUUGAGCAUCAAGAAAUUUCAAGAUUUGUGUCAAGUAAUCCUGUUUUUAGUGAAGUUGGGAAUGUUUGGAUUGUGAAGAAGGGUAAUUUAGUCACUUACAGAGGCCCUACUAUGCUUGCUACAACACUACAUGCAAUGUCUAUGCUAUUGAGGACUGCAAAUUGGGAUUGGUUUAUCAAUCUCAGUGCAUCUGAUUAUCCAUUAGUAACUCAAGAUGAUUUGAUCCAUUCUUUUUCUGACCUGCCUAGAGAUCUAAAUUUUAUACAGCACAGCAGCCGCUUGGGUUGGAAAAUGAACAAAAGAGGAAAACCAAUUAUAAUAGACCCUGGUUUGUACAGUGUAAAUAAAUCAGAAAUUUGGUGGGUUAUCAAGCAAAGAAGUCUGCCUACUGCUUUUAAGCUUUAUACAGGUUCAGCAUGGACAGUGUUAUCAAGAUCCUUUGCUGAAUAUUGCGUAGUUGGGUGGGACAAUCUACCUAGGACUCUUCUUCUUUACUACACAAAUUUUGUGUCAUCUCCAGAGGGUUAUUUUCAGACAGUUAUAUGCAACUCUCAGGAUUACAAGAACACGACGGUAAACCAUGAUCUUCAUUACAUCACUUGGGACAACCCUCCAAAGCAGCAUCCUAGAUCACUUGGAUUGAGAGAUUAUAGAAAACUUGUCCUAAGCAAUCGUCCAUUUGCCAGGAAGUUCAAGAAAAAUGACGUAGUAUUGAACAAGAUUGAUCGUGAACUUCUUAAAAGAGGGUCCAGACAAUUUGCUUAUGGAGGGUGGUGUUCUAAGGGCGAAGAUAUUCAACAAAAAUGCUCGGAAUUGCAGAGUGAAAAAUAUGGUGUUCUAACGCCAGGUAUAGGUUCGAGAAGAUUGAAAAUUUUGCUAAAAAAAUUAAUUUCUGCUCAAAAUUUCAAUAAGCGCCAAUGCAAAUGAUUUAAAUUGAGGUGGAUUACAUAUU